AGCACGGCGCGUAUGGAUCCGCUAUAGAUGAGUGAAAGAGCUCCUGACAGCAAGAUGUUCUCUGAUGUAGAGCUGGACGAGGUGACAGUAGAGUCCACAUGGAGGAAAUCCCAGGAGUCCCGCUGUGAGUCGAGAAGCUGUCAGACCGUCCCACUGAAGAUGAAAGAGGCCUCAAACCAAGCCUGUUCUGUAAGUGAGAUGGGCACUCAGACCGAGCAGAAUGGCCAGCAGAGAACUCUGGAUGUCGAUCUCGGGCCCCUUCUGGACUACCCUGAUCUGGGGCAAUUUCUGAAACGUGUGGAAGGGAUUAUGAUUAAGGAGUUGAAGAAAAACUGGAAAAGUCACGCUUUUGAUGGUUUCGAGGUGAAUUGGGAGGAGCAGUACGAACAGGUGACCUGCUUACACAGCCUACACUACCCUGAAGCUUUGGAGCACCAACUUCAGGUCACCAGCGUCUCCUGGAAUUCAACUGGCUCGGUCAUUGCUUGCUCAUAUGGCAGGUUAGGAGAUGGAGACUGGAGCACUGAAAAGUCUUUUGUGUGUCUGUGGAAUCUGGAUCGCAGGGGCUUCAACCCAAAAAACCCUGAUACUGUUUUAGAUGUUCAGAGUUCAGUGAUGUGUCUGGCAUGUCACCCGUCACAGCCUUCACUUAUUGCUGGUGGUCUUUAUAAUGGUGAGGUAUUGGUGUGGGACACAAGUCGGACAGAUGACCCUUUGGUUGGAAGGACUGGACUUAUAGGAGAUACUCACACUGAUGCAGUCUAUCAGGUUGGCUGGAUGCAGGAGAAGUCACAAGGCCACAGACAGCAGGUUUUCAGCGUAUCUUCCGAUGGAAAGAUCCUUGUGUGGCAGUUGGAGAAAGAAGGGAACUUGGUAUUAUUGGAUGGGUUCGCCCUGGUUACUCAGCAGAUCCCCAGCAACACAAAGAUACAUAAGCCUGGACGAGGGGACACGGCAGUCGGUGUAACGUGCCUCUCCUAUUCAUAUUUUGACCCAAACCUGUUCAUUGUCGGGGUAGAAGGAGGUUACCUGCUGAAAUGCUCUUCAAGUGUCCAGACAUCAGCUGCAAUCAGCACUGGCUCUUCCAUCCCACUGAAAGCACCGGCGCAGUUCACCUUUUCUCCGCACGGUGGCCCAGUAUACUCCGUCAGCUGUUCUCCCUUCCAUCGGAACCUUUUCCUGAGCGCUGGGACAGAUGGACACGCUCACCUGUAUUCCAUGCUCCAGGCCAAACCUCUAGUUUCCCUGCAACUCUCCCAGCAAUAUCUCUUCAGCAUUCGAUGGUCCCCAGUACGUCCCCUAGUGUUUGCUGCAGCCUCCGGCGACGGAGAACUGGUGCUGUUUGACCUUGCGAAGAGUUCCCAGAAGCCCUCGAUGUGCAUAAAGCAGACUGCCAACGGAAAGCCUGUUUAUUGCCUGGAAUUCAACCAAGCGCAAAACAAACUUCUAGCAGCCGGUGACGGGACUGGGGUUGUUAAGAUCUGGCAGCUGAGUUCAGACUUUAUAGAGCAAGGAGCCCGAGAGUCGGCCCUUUUGGAUGAAAUAGCCAGCGAGGUUAUAGGCUGAGCAGCCAAUGAAAUCAGGAAUAACACAGAUCAGAUUGAUAACACCAAUAAAAGUUAACUUAUGUA